AUGCCCCCAACACCGCCCCCAGGAACAGCCUUCUCCUCCGGCCCUCAUGGCCGCUCCCUCGUCGCAACCCAGGACUUCACCCCUGGCUCCCUCAUCGCCACCUUUUCCUCCCCGACCCUCGCCCUCCCCGAUGGCCCCAGCAUGAGAACAACAUGCAACUACUGUCUCCGUGUCGGUUCCAAUGAGGGCUUCUCCCCCGUCUCACUCAAAGCCUGUACCGGCUGCAGGGCAGCUGUGUACUGCGGCCCAACGUGCCAGCGUGCCCACUGGAAGUCGAUCCACAAGGCCGAGUGUAAGAUGUUUGCGAGGGUAAGGGAGACUACGGGCAAAGACUGGCAUGUAGCCCGUUUCCUGCUGCCUACCCCCGCAAGAGCACUGGCCCAAGUCCUCCUAACAAACGACAAGGGCAUCCGCGACCCCUUUGACGGGUCCGACCCCCUCGAGAGCAACCUCGAGGGUUUCAAAGCAGACGAGCAAGUCUGGGGUGACUUUGAACUCCAAGCCAUGGCGGCGAUGACGUACUCGGGUGUUUUCAUGAACGAGGACGGGCUGAGAGUGGCGAUGAGAUUUCUGUGUCAGAUCCAAACCAAUGCGUUCAAUCGGCUCGAUGCGGACACGGGCAUGUCGGGGAUUUUUCUCGAUCCUGCGCUGGCGAGGGUGAAUCACUCUUGUGUGCCGAAUGCGUUUAUCGGGUUUGAUCAGAGGACGGCGACGCUGAGGGCGGAGAGACCGAUUAAGGAGGGGGAGGAGAUUACGAUUUCUUACAUUGCAAACGACAAGCCUAGGUCGAUACGCCGUGAAGGACUUAGACUCUACUACUUUGAGUGCGACUGCCCACGGUGUGUGGAUGAUCUUGAUGUAUACCAGGUUGCUCAGACAUCGCCGGUCAUUUCACUUAACUCGUUCAGCUUGCAGCCGGAUCUUACAAAGUUCCGAGAACCGGCUAUCGACAAAUCAGGCAUCUCGAUGAACCAAAUCGAGAUUAUUUACAAAGUGGUCUAUGACCAGACAAAAUCAGAGCAGGACACCUCGAUUGAAGCGGCACGGACUCGCUGGAAAUUGUGCAAGCCCUUGGUUGAAGCAAAGAUGUGGGCAGUCGAACCAUUACCAACCACAAUCCUCCUCCUCGCAACCAACUGGCAGACCAACUACAAAUGGGCCGUUUACGCCCUACCACUGGCUUGUUUCUUGGCAACCCAAUGCGAUCCCAUCAAGCUUGUUGCCCCAUUCAUGCCGUGGCGCAUCAAGGGCGUCAUGAUUAUUACGAAACUGCUGGCUUUCACGGGAGAACUGACGUCAAGCGGGGAACUGGCAAAAAGGUGUACUCACGAGGGCAUUGUUGGUGCUUUGGCGAUGGCGGAUCAAGUCACCAUGUGCCAAGCUCUCCUCCACAUCGUCGUCCAUCAGGGCUCUAUCGGCGCUGCUGAGGAUUGGGACGUAUUGAAGGAGGCCAAAAUGAUGCUGAAGGAUCUUGAGAGUUUGCCCGGACGGGUAGACGAGUCGAAGAUGGUACAGGCGUGGGCUAGAGACCCUGAAGAUCCGCAAGCAAAAGCAUUUUUUGAGAGCGAGGUGCUGAAGCCCGUCAACACGUUGGCUUCCUUCGCGCCGGAGAUUUUGGAGGAUGUGCUUGUCCAAGGGCAAGGAUCAGUAGUUCGACGUUAGCGGGAUAACGGAUCAUCACCUGCCUCCCGAGUUGGAUAAUGCAGCAGCUGUCUUGGGACGAGUCCGUUUCUUGGGAUUUUGCAAGUUUGUCGUGCUACUCUGCCUCAACGGGGUGAGCGGCGCAGCACUGUGUCCAGAGACCGUGUAAUCCGAGAAUUGGUCCGAGGGCACUCUUCGUUUAGAUACAGGCUCCGGCUUGGGCGAAGAAGCCCGCUUCCUCGUUCCUGGGUGGGGAAGAGAUGUCUCUGGAUCCAAGGGAUAUGCCACACGUCGAUUAUUGGAUGCCCCAUAAUUUGCCUCUGCUCUGUCGACCCUCUCUUUCAAGAUCUCAAACUCCAUUUGUAAAGUCUCGACCUGGCUGGCUCGAUUACCAAUCUUCGCGAUGUUGCUGGUGAGAAUCUCGAGCUCCCUUGAGGGAAAAGAAGGGGCAACACGUUCGUGUUCGUUGCUGCGCACAGUGCCAAGAUCUCUUCUGAGCUGCGCGAUCUCGGUGCGCAUAGCAGCCAUAUCACGGGCAUAGUUGUCGGCGCUGACGCUCACUUUGAUCUCGGCCCUCAGCAUAUGAAGCUCUCCUGUCGUCUGUUCAAGUUGGUUCUUGAGAUCUGAGACUUCCUCUCGCAGCUCUUCGGCGAGAGCUGUUGCCUGCUGUUGGAUUAUGUCGAGGCCAUCACUGACCAGGGACACCCGGCUCCGAAGGCCUUCCAGUGUCGCCUUUUGCUCGGUUCCGAAUUUAUCAAUCCCGUUCAGCUCUGAUCCGAGUAGUGACUUGAGGCUAUCCUGUACUCCGAGUAUGCUUCCCUUGAACCCACUCACUGUUGCAUGUAGUGUCUUUGAAUCACUCUCCACACGAGCCACACGUUUGUCCAAGCCUGCCACAAUUCUGAAGCCAUUACUGUCAAUACGUCUGAGGUAGUCUUUUUGGCCUUCGAGUUCGAACUUGAGCUGCUGAAACUCGAUGGUACUGGGGGAAUUUGAGGACAGGUCGGGCGGCCCACCAUUGCUCGUUCUUGACGGCUCGUUGAUGCUGAGGACUCUUUUGACCUCGGGUUUAAGCUCCUCUCUUUCCUCACCGAGCAGAUUGACAGACGCGAUUCUCAACAGAACUUGAUUGCUGCGGGAAUAUUGUCAGAUUUCAAACUGACGACAUAGGAGCCAUG